CAUACUUUUUUGAAACGGAAAAGAAGGUUCGCGCACGUGAAGGUAAAAAUGGCCGAACCUUCUUCCUUUUCUGCUUUUGAUAUUGAUGCCAGAUUGCUUAAAGCUAUAUCUAAGCUUGGCUGGUCAAAUCCUACGCCUGUACAAAACAAGACAAUACCGCUUUCAUUGGAAGGAAAAGAUGUUAUUGUUCGUGCAAGCACUGGAUCUGGGAAGACAGGGGCCUAUCUCGUUCCCAUUAUUCAAAAAACGUUGAUACAGAAAAGAAAGAAGGAGAAACAAUAUGUAAGUCUAGUGUUAGUCCCAUCGAAAGAGUUAUGCAAGCAAGCAUACAGAAACGCUCUAGAAUUGACAGCCUAUUGUUCCAAAGAAGUUGUUGUAAUUGAUAUAGGAAAUCCUUCCGUACCAAAUGUAUCGUCCAUGCUUGGAACAGCAAAUAUUCUUAUCAGCACACCCAGCAAAUUGUUAGCUCACAUAGCCCAUCAAUCUAUCAAUAUUAAGAGUAGUAUGGACUUUUUAGUAGUUGAUGAAGCAGAUUUGAUGUUUUCAUAUGGUUAUGAGAACGAUUUGACAGCACUUGUUACACAUUUACCAAAAAUAUAUCAAGCAGUGCUUCUGUCUGCAACUAUUAGUAAGGAUGUUGAUAAUUUAAAACGUUUAGUACUUCAUAAUCCAACUAUAUUAAAAAUUGAAGGUCAAGAGUCUGUUGAGAAUAACAAACUUUCUCAAUUUAUGGUCAAGUGUGAAGCUAGCGAUAAAUUUUUGUUGGCCUAUGCCUUGUUUAAAUUAAAUUUAAUCCGGGGGAAAACACUCAUAUUUGUAAAUUCUAUUGAUAAAAGUUAUCGAUUAAAGUUGUUUUUUGAACAAUUUUAUAUACGCACAUGUGUCCUCAAUUCAGAGUUACCACAAAGUUCACGAGUUCAUAUCGUCGACGAAUUUAAUAGGGGUGUGUAUGAUAUUGUGAUUGCGACAGAUGAAGCAACAGUUAUAGAAACAGAGAAUUCAGAAAUUGUGAAAGACAAAACAAAGAAGAAAGCCAAAAAAGCAGAUAAAGAGUAUAACGUCUCUAGAGGGAUUGAUUUUCAAGAUGUGGAUAAUGUCCUUAAUUUUGACUUUCCAACAACGUCUGAUGCAUAUAUACACAGAGUUGGAAGGACUGCACGAGCAGGUAAUACAGGAACAGCGCUUUCUUUUGUUGCAAGUAAAGAAGAACAAAAAUUUCUUCUUAAUAUUGAAAAACGAUUAAACACUGAAAAAUCAUCUGAUCAAGUCCUUUUAAAACCUUAUAAUUUUAAAGUUGACGAAAUUGAAGGAUUGCGGUAUCGAGUAAAUGAUGCAUAUAAUAGUAUUACAAAGCUUAAAGUCAAAGAUGCACGAUUAAAAGAAAUUAAGGGACAAAUUUUCAACUCAGCAAAGUUGAAAACAUAUUUUGAAGAUAAUCCAAAAGAUUUAAAAGUGUUGCGACAUGAUAAAGUUUCUGCACCUCUUGAUCAACAACCACAUAUGAAGAAUGUUCCUGAAUACUUGGUGCCCGAAACGUUGAAACAUGUGAUGCUGAAACCAAGACGGAAACGUAAAAGAAAUAUUCCUUUGCAUGAGAAAGCCAAGAAAAAACGUAGUGAUGACCCUCUGAAAACAUUUAAGUACAAAAAGAAGUAAUAUAAGUAUAGUGCAUAAUGCAUGUAUUAUAUUUUAAACAGAAUUUUGGCAGCAAUUUUUUUUGUUUAAUAUUAAUAGACAUUUUUCUGUGAGAGAAAUUUAAAAUAUAUACAAUAUUUUUUCUUUUUAAAGGCAUGUUGCCAAUACCUUGGCAUUUUGGUAUUUGUAAACGUUUGUUUUCUCAGAAAGUAGAAGCUGUUCACAAACUGGUUAGCAAGAAAUGAGUACCUUGGUGUUGGCCUUGAAAAGAGUAAUGUAAUUGAAGUUAAUUCUACUUAUUUUCAAAGAUAUAUCAGUCGGCAUAAACCA